AUGCUGGUCAAGCGAGAGCUGAUGCCUCCGUUCCACCGAUUCGACUACAGCGUGGGCCGUAGCAGCCAGGUCCUGGCGCAGUUUUGCCAGGAGUUCUACGACGGCGAUGGCAAAAUUCGGCAGCAGUUCAAGGGGAGGGGCUUCUGGGGCGCCGACUUCGACGACUCUUGGGUCUUCGUCGUGACCCGGAUAGUUGUGGCCGACGAGAACCGUCGACGGGGUGUGGGCACGGAUCUCUUCCGGACGGUCCUGGGGCGGGUGUUGCAGUGGGCUGCAGAGGAGGCCCCCGAGCCGCGCUCUGUGUUCACGGUCUCUGACCCGGAAGUCAUGCGCCAGGAAGCCGAGGCGCAGGGUUUCAGGUCGUCCGCUGACUUUGGGAGGUUCUAUCGCGAGUCCCUCUCGCGGGCUGAGAGCUUUUGGCGCUCUCUGGGCUUUGACAAGAUCGGCGCGUUGCUGUGGUUUGGGUGGAUGCGUCGUCCCGGCGAGGGUCGCUCUACGCUACAGGCUGGAGGGGAGCCCACGGACGUGGAUUCGGAUCUGGAUCAGCUCUUCGGGACUGGAUGA